AUGCCUCUCAAGACACUGAAGAAUUUCCUCGUGGCCACAGGGCCACUUGCUCUCUUUCUCUUCGUCACGGCCACGAUGAUGCUGCAGCACAUCGCUGCGAUUUGUGAUGACGAGUGGGACGCUUGCUUCGACGACGCCGUGUGCAACUCGUGCUACUACGAUUGGGCUGAGUCUAUGGAUGAAUACAACGAAUGCAUAGGGGACUAUCCCGAGAUCGACUACGGUACAGAGGUUGACUGGUGCUUUGUGUACACGGCUUCCGAUUGCUGCAAAGCUUCGGUGUCCUCCAAAGACUGCCUGGGAAACACGGCUUUCGUGGACCACACGAUAUGUGAAGCAAAUUAUUCCGCCACCUCAACGGAGAAGGACGCAUGUACCGCCUUGACGUGCAACGAGGGUAGCGUGACCGUACUGUUUGAUGACGACGCGAGCACAGCUACUAACGGCGCAGACGUAGCUGAAGACGACGAUGUGGGUGCAGCUGACGACUACGCGGAUGCAGUUGCUGGCGACGACGCGGACAGGGCGGACGACGACGAAGAAGACACAGCUGACGAUGACGCGGACGUAGCUGCCGACACUGGAGCGGCUUCCCGCGUCGGCAGAUCCUCCCCAGGCGUCGUGCUCACGGCUGUUCGCGGGAUCGCUUUCUUGAUUGUAGCACCGUUUCUGGCGGCCUCCCUGUGAAGUACACGUCGUUUAUCUAGAUGCGCAAUUUUGCGACUGAAGUAGGGAUUCAGUUCGUCAGAUUCCAGGCGUGAAAGGGCUUCACCAAGCACUUGGAGGGCUGCUCCGUUAUAAUUGCUCCACCGUAAUUCAGUCUUUGCUCCACCAGGC